AUGGGACGAAAAGUGGCAAUUAUUGGGGCAGGAGUGAGCGGGCUGGUCUCUAUCAAGUGCUGCCUAGAGGAAGGACUAGAACCCACCUGCUUUGAAAAAAAUGAUGUCAUUGGAGGACUUUGGCAAUUCACAGACAUUCCUGAAAAGGGAAGGACCAAUGUUUACAGAUCUGUGGUGAGCAACACAUCCAAAGAAAUGACCUGCUUCAGUGACUUUCCAUUUCCAGAAAGCUGUCCUAACUAUGUGCAUCACUCCUUAGUCCUGGAGUACCUCAAGGAUUACGCUAAAUAUUUCCACCUUCUGGACUGCAUUCAGUUUAAGACAACAGUAUACAGCAUCAGAAAACAUCCAGAUUUCACAACUACUGGACAAUGGAUAGUCUACACAGAGACUAAUGGAAACCAGACAUCAACUGUCUUCGAUGCAGUUAUGAUUUGCAGUGGUCUUUUUACAGAAGUUAAUCUACCAUCAGAUUCUUUUCUUGGAUUGGAAAACUUUAAAGGACAUUACAUGCAUAGCUGGGAAUACAGAGAUCCAAAAGGGUUGGAGGGUAAAAAAGUUCUGAUACUUGGUGCUGGGAACACCGGAGGCGAUGUCGCUGUGGAAGUGAGCCGCACAGCUGCCAAGGUCUUUCUCAGCACCAGAAAUGGAACCUGGGUAUUAAGUCGCAUGUCAAAAGCUGGGUGGCCUAAUGAUAUGGUCUUCCAAACUCGAUUUCUAUAUUUCAUUCAAAGAUUUCUUCCUGUCAGCAUUAGGGACAAGUUAUUGGCAGAGAAAUUCAAUCAAUGGUUUAACCAUAAAAAUUAUGGAUUGAUCCCCAUUAAAAGGUAAUCUCUUUUACUAUGCAUUAUAUUGUAUUUGCCAAAAUGCUGAGCUUACAAAAGAUGAAGUCUGCUAGUAAGUAAAAACUAAUUUGCUAUUUGCAAGACAGAGGUUUGUUGACAAAUAAUUUUCUUUUCCCAGUGCAUUUUUAACAAAUUUCCCUUCCUCAACGGAAAUAUAUACUGUAAAAUCGCUAGCUAGACUAUUUGCUGAUUC